CCAGACCUUCAGGAGUUUGGGCGCUUUCACGUCGCCAAAACGAGCCGGCAUCCUCAUUCCGUCUGCCAUCCAGCGCAUCCAGCCUUUUUGGCAAACCGACUCCACACGCACACAUACUUCUUCACAACCCUCCUGCUCCCCCGCUCGUCAUCUUCUUCACACAGCAAUGUCGAUCGCCUGUCUGACGUUCGCUUAGUCGUCGAGUCGUUGAGUCGUUGCUGCUUCGCUGCUUGCAAGUAGCCAUUCUGAACCUUGCGUGAGACAUUGACAUAGCGAUGCCACAAUGUCCAAGUCGCCGCCCCCGGGUCUGCCACUGUACAAUGAGCCCCCGCUGCAAAAUGGAAUGCUGCCUUCCAUUGACGCGGUAGCAUCGGCCUCGAGGUCGCCAUCGCAAUCUGCCAGACGCUCGAAGUCUGCCACCUCAACCACUUCCGAGUUCUCACUCCUCUCCCCCAAGGAAACGGCGGAGAGACUGUCCACCUCCUUGGCAAACGGGCUCACCCCGUCCGAAGCCACAUCGAGGCUGAUCACACAUGGCCCCAAUGAGCUUCCGCACGAGGAGGCAGAACCGCUUUGGCUGCGGUUCCUCAAACAGUUCAAAGAGACGCUCAUCCUGCUGCUGCUUGGCUCCGCAGCCAUCUCCUUCCUCAUGGGCAACAUCGACGACGGCGUCAGCAUCACCGUCGCCGUCACAAUUGUCGUCACGGUCGGCUUCGUGCAAGAAUACAGAUCUGAGAAGUCGCUGGAAGCUCUCAAUCAGCUGGUUCCACACUUCGCGCACAUCAUCCGAGGCGACAUGGCCGCAAGCUCGAGUGCCCAGCAGCAACUCGCCAGCGAGGAGACGUCCGAACUCAAGGACAUUGACCAGGUCGCGCUGCUCGAGGAAGCUGAGAGCGUCUCCAAGACUGUGCCUGCGUCGCAGCUCGUGCCUGGUGAUUUGGUCCUCUUCCACACAGGUGACCGCAUACCAGCGGACAUUCGCAUCACGCACGCAGCGGACCUCUCAAUUGACGAAUCAAACUUGACAGGAGAGAACGAAGCGGUGCAUAAGACGCCAGAGAAGCUCGCGCCCACGAACAGGAGCAGCGGCAUGGAUGGGAGGAACACGCCUUUUUAUGCAUCCCCGGCCACGGGUACGGUCGGCGCGGACAUACGACUGAACGAGCAACGCAACAUUGCGUUCAUGGGCACGCUGGUAAGGUCUGGAUACGGGCAGGGAAUUGUCAUUGGAACCGGGGCCAACACCGAGUUUGGCGCUAUAUCCGCUUCGUUGCAGGAGAUUGAGAGUCCCAGGACUCCAUUGCAACUGUCCAUGGACAGGCUGGGCAAGGACCUAAGUUACGUCUCCUUCGCUGUGAUAGGCUUCAUCUGUCUGCUCGGCAUGUGGCGUGGCUGGCCGUUCCUGGAGAUUUUCCAGACGGGAGUGUCCCUGGCCGUGGCUGCUAUUCCCGAAGGCCUGCCAAUCAUCGUAACCGUCACCCUCGCCUUGGGCGUGCUUCGCAUGUCCAAGAGGCGGGCCAUUGUGCGACGGCUGCCGAGCGUGGAGACCCUGGGCUCCGUGAACGUGGUGUGCAGCGACAAAACGGGCACGCUUACCACAAACCACAUGACCGUCACCAAGCUAUGGCAUUUCGGCGCGGAGAAGCCGGCCGAUGUAGCGCGCAAGACGGAGAGCAAAGACCUCGAUUCCGCGACGAGCACGAUACUCCGGAUAGGAAACAUCGUUAACCACGGCAGGCUGGUGCAGAGCGAGGCGAACUCGGCAGCUUCGGCAGCGGUCCUCUCAUCCACGCUGGGCGAUGACAACUCGAAUGCCAGGAGCCGAUGGACGGGUCAGCCCACAGACGUCGCCCUUCUCGACCUUUUGGACACCUUUGGCGAGGAGGACGUGCGGAGCCGGAUCGGUGUGCGCAAGUUCGAAACGCCCUUCAGCUCCGAGCGCAAGUGGAUGGGCGUUGUGAUUAAGGGCUCCGAAGAUGGCAGCUCCGACGUAGCGUACAUAAAGGGUGCGUUGGAGAUGGUCCUCAAGCGAUGCGACACCUACAUCACGGCCGAUGGCCGCGAGAUCAUCCUCGACCAGAACAAGCGGCAGGAAGCCCUCGCGGCAGCGGAAGUCAUGGCUCAGGAUGGCCUUCGAGUUCUGGGUUUUGCGAGCGGCCAAAUCAGGGAGAACAAAUAUUUGACCGCGUCAAGGGCUAAGAGCGGUCGCGCAACGCCUGGCUCUGCGACCGACCCCAAGAGUCCGAUGAGUCCGCAGAAUGACGAGGACGUGUAUCAAGGAUUGGCGUUUGCGGGAUUGGUGGGCAUGAGCGAUCCGCCACGGAAGGGCGUGGAUCGAAGCAUCAGAAGGCUAAUGGCGGGCGGCGUUAAGGUGAUCAUGAUCACGGGCGACGCGGAGACGACGGCUGUGGCCAUAGGAAAGAAGCUGGGGAUGCCAGUGAGCAGCUCGUCGCUGGGUUCCUCGGUCCUGCGUGGAGACCAGCUGGACCAGAUGUCGGACGAAGAUCUGGAACAAGCCAUCUCUACGACGACGAUUUUUGCACGCACGUCGCCCGAGCACAAGCUCAAGAUCGUGCGCGCUCUGCAGGCUCGCGGCAACGUGGUGGCUAUGACGGGCGACGGCGUCAACGACGCGCCCGCGCUGAAGAAGGCGGACAUUGGCAUCUCGAUGGGUAAGCUGGGCACUGACGUUGCCAAGGAGGCGGCGGACAUGAUUUUGACGGACGACGACUUCUCGACAAUUCUGAACGCAAUCGAAGAGGGCAAGGGUAUCUUUUACAACAUCCAGAACUUCAUCACGUUCCAGCUCAGUACGUCGGCAGCGGCGCUGAGUCUGGUGCUGGUCAGCACGGUGUUUGGAUGGAAGAAUCCGCUUAACGCCAUGCAGAUCCUGUGGAUCAAUAUCUUGAUGGACGGCCCACCAGCACAGUCUCUGGGCGUCGAGCCCGUCGACCCCGCCGUCAUGUCGCGCCCACCACGGUCCAAGACGGCGCGCGCCAUCACGCCCGCGCUCCUCCGGCGCGUCAUCACGCAGGCGUCCGUCAUUAUGCUCGGCACGCUACUCAUCUACGUGAAGGAGAUGGCGGACGGCUACACGGUCACGUCGCGCGACACAACCAUGACCUUCACCUGCUUCGUGCUGUUCGACAUGUUCAACGCACUUACGUGCCGCUCCGAGGGCAAAUCGGUGCUCCUGGGCGAGGUCAAGUUCGGCGACAACAAGAUGUUCAAUUACGCGGUCGCGGGCAGUCUCAUGGGACAGCUGUGCGUCAUCUACUUCCCGCCGCUACAGAGCAUCUUCCAGACCGAGAGCCUGGGCUUCUUCGAUCUCGUAGGCCUGGUGAUGCUGUGCAGCAGCGUCUUCUGGGUCGACGAGGGCAGAAAGUUCCUCAAGAGGAAGGCGCGGCGGAUACCGGGGGGGUACAGUCGGAUGGCGUAAGCGGGGUGCUUCCUUCCUUUUCGAUCUGCACCAGGCGGUCUUUCUGCCGGAACCGCGUACGACGCACGUUUUGUGUUUUGGAAGGAGCGGAGGGAGCGGAGAAGUGCGCCGUGUAACACUAGAAUUAGACUAUUCUUAUGAAACGAAAAGGCUGGAGUCAGCCUGUCACGUGAAGCUUUGGCCAUGAGAGUCGUCCAUUCAAAACGGCAGUCCCGCCUCCGGAAACAAACACCACAGUUCGUCCCUUCACACGUAUUUUGAGAUCCUAGGCACAAUCAGCCGGACGCCGCACAUGCCGAGAGGAGCGGGAAAAGAAAAGAAAGCAUUGAAAAAGAGGCCGGGGGGAAGGGGGAAUCUCUCACUCGAUCAGGUUCUCGUCCGGGUCGCGAACAUAAACGGACUUCAGCUUCCCCACCGCGCCCGUCCUUUCCACGAUCUUGCC